UCAUCUCUAUAAUCAAUUUUCGAGCUGCUGGAUAUUUGUGUGAAUAAAAAUAGUGUGGUGUAUUGAGUAACUGUUGAAAAGCUUUAAAAAAGCAGCUUUAAAAAGGUUCCAAGCACUAGCAAAAUAUUUAAUAUAAUGCAAAAAAGUUUUGGCUAAGAAGCAUAAAUCAAAUUUCGAUUUGCGAUGGGCGAUGUCGACCCCGAGACGCUGUUGGAAUGGUUGUCCAUGGGACAAGGAGAUGAGCGGGACAUGCAAUUGAUUGCACUGGAGCAGCUGUGUAUGCUGCUUCUGAUGUCUGAUAAUGUAGAUCGAUGCUUUGAAAGUUGUCCCCCUCGGACAUUUUUACCGGCGCUGUGCAAGAUAUUCCUGGAUGAACUUGCACCUGAAAAUGUACUCGAGGUCACUGCGCGAGCAAUCACCUAUUACCUGGAUGUUUCGGCGGAGUGCACCAGGCGGAUUGUUUCAAUCGAUGGAGCAAUCAAAGCCAUCUGCAAUCAUCUUGUGGUUGCGGACCUAUCAUCUCGCACAUCUCGCGAUCUUGCUGAGCAGUGUAUAAAAGUGCUCGAGCUUAUUUGCACCCGAGAAGCUGGCGCUGUAUUCGAGGGCGGUGGCCUUAACUGUGUCCUGUCCUUUAUCCGGGACUGCGGCUCGCAGGUCCACAAGGACACCUUACACUCGGCCAUGUCCGUUGUAUCCAGGCUCUGCACCAAGGUGGAACCUAACACUCCCUGCAUUCAGAAUUGUGUCGAGAGUCUGAGUACUCUGUUGCAACACGAGGACCCAAUGGUAUCAGACGGCGCACUUAAAUGCUUUGCCUCCGUGGCAGACCGAUUCACACGAAAAUGGGUUGAUCCAGCCCCCCUGGCAGAAUAUGGGUUAACCACAGAAUUGUUAAAGCGUCUAAAAAGUGUAGGAGGAAACACACACUCAUCAUUAUCGACAACCGGAGCUCAGCCGUCUGGCCAAUCCGCUGCAACCUCAAACUCUGAUGCAAUCAAUGAGAACGUUGCGGGAACUGCAACCAUUUCCAACAGCACCAAAGUAAAGCCAACCGAUGCCGCUGCAUCCCCGCAAUCAAUAUCAACUACGAUUUCCCUGUUGUCCACGCUUUGCCGUGGAUCACCCUCUAUCACCCAUGACAUCCUGAGAUCCCAGCUGGCUGAUGCCCUCGAAAGGGCCCUGCAAGGCGAUGAGCGAUGCGUGCUGGACUGCAUGCGAUUCGCAGAUCUCUUGCUAUUACUUUUGUUCGAAGGGCGCCAGGCGCUAAAUCGAGGAAGUAACAACCCAAAUCAAGGGCAGUUGGCGCCCCGACCUAGACGUAAUAAUACUAAUACCGAUCGAACGCAUCGCCAGCUGAUCGAUUGCAUACGAUCAAAAGACUCUGAGGCUCUUCGCGAAGCCAUCGAAUCAGGUGGCAUUGACGUGAACUGUAUGGAUGAUGUCGGUCAGACCCUUCUCAACUGGGCUUCAGCCUUUGGCACCUUAGAAAUGGUAGAAUAUUUGUGCGAGAAGGGAGCUGAUGUUAAUAAGGGCCAACGAAGUUCUUCCCUUCACUAUGCCGCAUGUUUUGGUCGCCCGGCUAUUGCUAAAAUCCUGCUGAAAUUUGGAGCCUAUCCGGAUCUGCGAGAUGAAGAUGGCAAAACUCCAUUAGAUAAAGCACGCGAACGGUUGGAUGACGGACAUCGAGAAGUGGCAGCAAUUUUACAGUCACCGGGGGAGUGGAUGUCUCCUGAUCACUCGCUUCUAAACAAAGAUGGAAAGAAAUACACACUCAUGGAACCACGUGGUGAUCCUGAAAUGGCGCCCAUUUACUUAAAGGUGCUUCUGCCUAUAUUUUGUCGAACCUUCUUGGGAUCCAUGCUGGGCAGCGUCCGGCGAGCAAGUUUGGCCCUGAUAAAAAAGAUUGUACAAUACGCGUACCCGACGGUACUGCAAAGUCUAAGCGAAACCAGUUUCAGCGAAGAUGCAGCUUCUAGUUCGGGGCAAAAUGGUGGAAACCUGCUAAUUGAGGUUGUCGCCAGUGUCUUAGACAACGAGGAUGAUGACGACGGUCAUUUAAUUGUUUUAAACAUUAUUGAGGAAAUUAUGUGUAAGACACAAGAGGAAUUUCUUGACCAUUUUGCUAGACUUGGAGUUUUUGCAAAAGUUCAAGCCCUGAUGGACACUGAUGCAGAGGAAUUGUAUGUGCAGUUGCCAGGAAGCUCGGAAGAGACAGUUCCAACGCAAAGAUCUUCGACUAGCCUUGUAGUCACACCGAGAUCAACUUCAGAUGAUCCCAUGGAGGACGCAAAAGAGAUAUUACAAGGGAAACCUUAUCACUGGAGAGAGUGGAGCAUUUGCAGGGGCCGAGAUUGCUUGUACGUCUGGUCAGACUCUGUAGCGCUAGAGCUAUCGAAUGGCUCAAAUGGAUGGUUCCGUUUUAUAAUAGAUGGAAAACUAGCAACGAUGUACUCCAGUGGAAGCCCUGAAAACGGAAACGAUAGUUCUGAAAAUCGGGGUGAAUUUCUCGAGAAACUAAUGCGUGCCCGUUCCUGCGUAAUUCCAGGAGUUGUAUCUCAGCCCAUUUUGCCAACUGCGAGUGCACUUCGACUGGUUGUGGGGAACUGGGUCCUGCAGUCGCAUAAAACAAAUCAACUUCAAAUUCACAACACGGAAGGCCACCAAGUUACCAUACUGCAGGAUGAUUUGCCUGGAUUUAUUUUUGAAAGUAAUCGAGGAACGAAGCACACCUUUACGGCAGAAACUGUCUUGGGUCCCGAUUUCGCCUCUGGUUGGUCAACAGCUAAGAAAAAGCGCAAUAAGUCCAAGACAGAAGGUCAAAAGUUCCAAGUUCGAAAUUUAUCACGGGAAAUUUACAACAAAUAUUUCAAAUCGGCCCAAACUGUCCCUCGGGGAGCAGUGGCAAUACUUACGGACAUAGUGAAGCAAAUCGAGAUAUCUUUUGAGGAACAGCACAUGGCACCAAAUGGGAAUUGGGAAACAACAUUAUCUGAGGCCCUAAUGAAGCUGUCUCAACUAAUUCACGAAGAUGGUGUCGUGAGCGCGUAUGAAAUGCAUUCAUCGGGAUUGGUACAAGCAUUGGUGGCCGUUUUGUCUGUAAACCAUUGGGAAAAUAAUUCCCCGCGCUGCAAGCGAAACAAAAUGCAAAAACAACGAGUUUCCGUAUUUAAGAAGUGUAUAUUAGAGGAUGACGCUGAGUCCGCAACCAAUAAGCCAAGAACUAAAAGUACUGCAAGUAUUUUAAUUCAAAAACUUGUGUCGGUUUUGGAAAGCACAGAAAAGCUACCAGUGUACUUGUACGACACUCCGUGCACUGGUUAUAGUUUGCAAAUUCUGCAGAAACGACUUCGUUUCCGUUUAGAGCGUGCAGAAUGCGAAAGUACUUUAUUCGACCGAUCGGGACGAACUCUAAAAAUGGAACCUUUGGCAACAAUUGGACAACUUUCUAAGUAUCUCUUGAAAAUGGUGGCCAAACAAUGGUACGAUCUUGACCGGUCUACAUACUUUUAUUUAAAAAAAAUACGAGAGCAUAGGACCGGAACCGUGUUUGCACAUUCAUUUGAUUUCGAUGAAGAUGGUUUGUUGUUCUACAUUGGCUCUAAUGCAAAAACUUGCGAUUGGGUUAACCCAGCACAAUAUGGUCUUGUGCAAGUUACCAGUUCUGAAGGGAAAAACUUACCAUAUGGAAAACUGGAAGAUAUUCUAUCUCGCGACAGUAUCUCACUCAAUUGUCAUACCAAGGACAACAAAAAGGCCUGGUUCGCCAUUGAUUUGGGGGUCUAUAUCAUCCCUACUGCUUACACGCUUCGACAUGCUCGCGGAUAUGGAAGGUCGGCUUUGAGAAAUUGGCUACUCCAGGGUUCCAAGGAUGGUUUAAGUUGGACAACACUGAGUUCACAUGUAGAUGACAAGAGCCUCAUGGAGCCCGGUAGCACUGCCACAUGGCCAAUUACCUGUGUAACUGACGAUUCCGUGAGGUAUCGCCACAUUAGAAUCCAACAAAAUGGCCGUAAUGCUUCCGGACAGACCCAUUACUUAAGUUUGAGCGGUUUUGAGAUCUAUGGUCGCGUUGUGGGAGUUGCUGAUGAUAUAGGAAAGAGUGCCAAGGAAGCUGAGGCCAAAAUAAGGCGCGAGAGACGGCAGAUUAGAGCUCAGCUCAAGCAUAUGACCACCGGUGCUAGAGUAAUUCGAGGUGUUGACUGGCGAUGGGAGGAUCAGGACGGAUGUGCCGAGGGCACAAUUACCGGAGAAAUACACAACGGCUGGAUCGAUGUGAAGUGGGACCAUGGCGUACGCAACUCCUACCGCAUGGGAGCCGAAGGAAAGUACGAUUUGAAAUUGGCUGAUUGUGAAUAUCUUUCCGUCUUCGAGGGAAACCAGUCAAUGGUUACUGCGAAUACAACUGCAAAAAUAAAUGAGAAAGGAAACACACUCACCUCACGAAAAUCGAGUUCUACUCCAUCCCUGCCCGAAGCCACGGAGAAGAACCAAAACCCGGAAGGUGCUUCCAACCAAACUGUUUCGGCGGAUAACUUGGCCUGGAAACAGGCCGUAGAGACCAUUGCAGAGAACGUAUUUGCUUCGGCUAAGACACAGAUUAUUUCAAACCAACUUGCUAUGAAUACAUCUUCCUCCAGAGAAGCUAGAGGUAAGCACAAGGAGUCGGGCACAAACCAAAUGCAUAAAGAUAAUAUUAGUGGACCCUCACCAUUGAGCCGAGAGUUAGAUCACAUUUCAGAUCUGUCUGCAAUCAACAAUUCUACUAUUAACUCAAGUAUUGUGUCCGACUUAGCUACUAUUUCGGAGAAUUUAUCUUUAGCUGAAUUAUCCAAAGAAAAUAUAUGCAGCGUCCUUGCACCUUCAUUCAAACCAGCAGAGAACAUUACUGCGAGUCAAAGCUCGAGUCUUCCUGAAGCACAGAGUUCGUCUCCGCGCGAGAGCGAUAUCAAAAACAUAUCCAAUAUUGAAGAGAACAAUAAGAUGAACGCCAACAACUCGGUGAAUAAGAUAUCUAAGGACCUUCUCGCGAAUCUCCGAACCUCGAAUAUUGGAAGCUGUCAACCGGUCACCCAACUCUCCACCGAGGCCCUCGAAAUGAUCGACAAAAUGCGUGAUGGCGUGGAUAUGAUACGGAACAAUUCCAAUAAUAUUCUUUCCACGGAUACUUUCCCAGUGCCAUGCACAAAUGUGGCAGUCGGUAUUAAAAAGACCCCCAAAGCUCAGUCUCUGAUAAAUGCCGAUAAUACGAAUCAGAAGCAAAUUAUAGUUGGGAACGAAGAAUUGCCCAGCAAGAGUUCCAAGAAACCCAGUGUUACUUUGAAACCAGCCCAGCAGCCAAAUGCAGUGCUAUCAAUAGUGGAUAUCAAGGAUCAGCAAAGUGCAUCCGAAAAUGUUUCUGUUCCCAGCCAGAUGAGUAUAAGUGUUCCUAAUCUGACAACUACAUCAGCUUCAGAGGUUCCUUCGACAUCAGAGGUAGCCACCCACACUGGUUUGCUUGAGACAUUUGCUGCCAUUGCUCGUCGUCGUACCUCCCAAGGUACCAAUAUACAGGAUAACCAGAUUAUGAAUGCGGAUGUUAAUGUCAACGAGCACGGAGAUCAGAAUGCCUCCGGCUCGUUUCUCGGUCACUCGGUAACCAGUUUAGUUAAGCUGGCAUUGUCAAGUAAUUUCCCUUCGGGACUGCUCAGCACCGCCCAAAGCUAUCCAAGCUUAUCUUCGAAUAAUAGCGAAAAUAUAGCUGCAUCAAACCCAUCAAAUACUUCUACAGGACAGCAAUCGGCAUCCACCAUAAAUCAUACCCUAACAAUGAGUCUAACAUCUACAUCAAGUGAUAGUGAGCAAGUAUCAUUGGAGGACUUCUUAGAGAGUUGCAGAGCGCCAGCUUUAUUGGGAGACUUGGACGAUGAGGACGACAUGGAUGAAGACAACGAUGAAGAGGAGAACGAAGACGAAUACGAAGAGGUUGGAAACACUCUUCUCCAAGUAAUGGUUUCCAGAAACCUUCUUACCUUCAUGGAUGAUGAGCCUUUGGAGAACAGGUUAGUUGGUGUGACCAAACGCAAGUCUUGGGACGACGAGUUUGUCCUGAAGAGACAGUUUUCCGCUUUGAUACCCGCAUUCGAUCCGCGACCGGGUCGCACAAAUGUGAACCAAACUUCCGAUUUGGAAAUAUCUCCCAUUGGCGUUGAAUUGCCCAAACCUCAGCAAAGCGGACCUGAGACUAUUGAACAGCCCUUGCUUGGUUUAAAAUUGCGGGGUCCUGGAAUCGGAGGUAUUCCCGAAGUCGAAAUCGACUUGAGCAACACAGACUGGACCAUAUUCAGAGCCGUACAAGAAUUACUGCAGUGCAGCCAGUUGAACAAGUUGGACAAAUUCCGAAAAAUAUGGGAGCCCACAUACACCAUUGUGUACCGGGAGGUCUCACCCGAGGCACCGGAAAGCACUGCCUUGGAGUCGGAGGAAUUUCCCCAAACGCCGGACGUAUCAUCAAAGAGCGGUGCAUCAACUUUGUCCCCCAACUCUCCUAUGCAUAUCGGGUUUAAUGUAGCCGAUAAUAAUUUGUGCUCUGUUGACGAUGUACUAGAGCUGCUCACUCAAAUCAAUGGUCUCAAUCAAUCCGAAAUCGACUCGGAUGUCAAAGAAAAUGCCGUUUCUUUGUUGUCCGAAGAUCUAUUUAUCAGCAAGAAAAUAACCAACAAACUGCAACAGCAAAUUCAGGAUCCAUUGGUGCUAUCAAGCAAUGCAUUACCGAAUUGGUGCGAAAACUUGAACCAAUCUUGCCCGUUCCUAUUUCCGUUCGAGACCAGACAGCUAUACUUUAACUGCACAUCGUUUGGAGCAUCGCGCAGCAUCGUGUGCCUACAAUCUCAGCGUGAUGUGACUGUGGAGCGUCAGAGGAUACCCAUCAUGAGUCCCCGGCGGGAUGACCACGAAUUCCGCAUUGGCCGCCUUAAACACGAACGCGUUAAAGUACCACGAAACGAGGAUUUGCUUAAAUGGGCAAUGCAGGUGAUGAAGACGCACUGCAAUCGAAAGUCCGUGUUGGAGGUGGAGUUUUUGGAUGAGGAAGGAACUGGCUUGGGACCUAUAGAGUUCUACGCCUUGGUGGCUGCCGAGAUUCAACGUUCCGACCUCUGUAUGUGGCUGUGUGAUGAUGACUUAGGCGAGGAUACCGAAAGCUCACGGGAAGACACGAAAAGCAAUUCGAAACCUGUUGGGUAUUACGUAAAUCGUAGGGAGCACGGAAUAUUCCCAGCACCACUUCCGCAAAAUACCGAAAUAUCUGAGAAAGUUUUAAAAUACUUCUGGUUUUUUGGCGUUUUUGUGGCAAAAGUUUUGCAGGAUAUGCGUCUAGUAGAUAUACCUUUAUCAACAUCAUUUCUUCAAUUGCUUUGUCAUAACAAAGUAUUAUCUCGUAAUCUUCAAAAGGUUAUUUCGGAUAGGCGAAACGGCGAUAUUUCUGUCGUAUCCGAAGAAUCAGAUAUAGUAGAAACCUGCACCGAACUACUACGAACUGAUUGUAAUAAGUCCAAUGCAUUCGGGGGAAUUCUAUCAUUAGAAAAUUUGAAAGAAAUAGAUCCAACUCGUUAUCAAUUCCUACAAGAAAUGCAAAAUCUAUUAAUGCGAAAGCAGUCAAUUGAGUUUGACGAUAAUAUCAGCGCUGAAAAGAAACAAGAACUUAUUGACGAGCUUAAGUUGCACACCCAAAAUGGUUUGGAGGUGUCUCUUGAUGACUUGGCCCUUACGUUCACGUAUCUGCCUAGUUCCUCGAUUUAUGGAUAUACCCAGGCUGAACUUCUGCCGAAUGGCUCAUCUGUGAAUGUCACCAUCGACAACUUGGAAGCAUAUUGCGAACUCCUUAUGAACUUCAUCCUGCAGGACGGAAUCGCUCAACAAAUGAAGGCCUUCAGUGAUGGAUUUAACGAAGUGUUCCCCCUUAAAAAGUUGGCAGCCUUUACUCCUUCAGAAGCACGAAUGAUGAUUUGUGGAGAACAGUUCCCCCAUUGGAGCCGAGAAGACAUUAUUUCAUUUACUGAACCAAAACUUGGCUACAACAAAGACAGUCCUGGGUUCCAACGCUUUGUUAAUGUUUUAUUAAGUAUGUCGGGAGACGAAAGGAAAGCUUUUCUCCAAUUCACAACUGGAUGCAGUAGCCUGCCUCCAGGUGGACUUGCAAACUUACAUCCCAGACUGACCGUUGUUCGAAAGGUAGAUGCUGGCGUUGGAAGCUAUCCAUCCGUAAACACCUGCGUUCACUACCUAAAGCUUCCGGAUUACCCAACUGAAGAGAUCAUGAAAGAGCGCUUGUUAACAGCAACUAAAGAAAAGGGGUUUCAUUUAAAUUAAACAAUUUAUUGUACUCGAUAUUCAAGUUAAUAAAAUUUGAACCUUUUGUUAUUUAAAGCUUACUGUUUAAUAACAUUAUAAGCGAUAUUGUAAAUAUCUUAACUGUUCAAAUUUAAUCUUUAUAUGUAUGUAAGAUUUGAUAUAUUGAAUAAGGUUACUUAUACCUAAAGUCCGGCCUAUUGUUUCAAAAUUUAAUUUAGCCAGUAAAAUGGUAACUAAAAUCAA